AUGGCAUUUGAUUUUUACAACGUACAAUUAACGAAACCAAGGCAUCGAUGGCCGAAAGGUUUAAUCGCACGCUCAAGACGAAAAUGUGGAAAUACUUUACCGGCAGCAAACAAUACGCUCAAGCACGUGGACAUUCUCCAGAAACUGGUCAAAUCUUAUAAUCAUUCUCGACAUCGUAGUAUUAGCAUGAGACCAGUAGAUGUGAAUAAAAACAACGAGAAUAUUGUGUGGCAAACACACUACGGGAAAGAAUCCAAAAAAUCAGUCCAGCUUAAGUUUAACAUUGGCGACCAAGUCCGGAUUAGUAAAGCAAAGCGAACAUUUAAGAAAGGAUACUUACCCAAUUGGACUGAAGAAGUGUUUACGGUAACGAAACAUAUACCUCGACGACCACUUGUGUACAAGAUUGCAGAUUAUGACGGCGAAGAACUGGAAGGAACAUUUUACGAGCAGGAACUUCAGAAAUUCAACAAAUCAGGGUUAGGGUUAGGAUUACGUUUCUGUUUUAAACAGAAACGACGAUCUAAUCGAUUCAACUACUCUUCCCUCAACUACCCAAUGCGAACCUAAUACGUCAGAAUUGAAUCUUUCUCCCGAGGACGUUUUGGUUUGUCUGCGAACGCUUGAUGUCAAUAAAGCAACAG